CUUCCCUUGAUCAACACCAAACUCAUCAACACAGAUAUGUCCUCAUCGUCUUCAUCCCCGCAUCACGUUGUCGCAUCGACUUUUUCAUUUACAACCGCUCGGAAUUCGACCGAUUUACCUAUUUCUACAGCCUCUUCAGGCUUCUCAUCACUUUCACCCACGUCUUUUCAUUCAGAAUACAUGCCUUUCAAUCAUGUCGACCGAAAAUCAACAAUCGAAGGUCACACCUAACCGUCGCCGCCAAGGUGGUCGACACCGCAAUACUCCUAAACAAACCGCCUACGCUUCGGAGAAUGAUGUACCAAAAUACGGGUCCAUCCAUCUCGCAAGCCCCAGCACUCCCCCAUCGGAGACCGUCUUGUCGCAGCGCACGAGUUUGACGAAUUCUAAGCAGCAAAAUAAGAGCAAGAGCAACAAGAAGCGCAAUAAUAGAGAUGGAACUCCAGCGCUUGAUCGAAGCAACACGGACUGCGAAAGUCCAUCUCUUCCAACAAAGAGUGCAUCGGGUCCUAUCUUCGCCGGUUCAACAUUCCACGCCUCACCCGCUCCCUCAUCGCUUCCUAUUCCAAGCUUCCUUACUAAAUCGAAAACCGAUACACCCGGAAUGGGAAUUGACUCAAGCCCUGAACAAGGACUUUCUUCCGCGACGACCGAUUCAGAUGAAGCUAGUCCUCCCAGCCCUCCUUCGAUUCAACGAACCGAUGAGUCUCCUUUGGAAUUCAUUUUUCGCGCCGACAGAGCCGAAAAAGAGAAAGCCAAAAUUCGUAGGGCUAGUUCUUCCCUUGCCGACACAAGCACUACCGGUCCAUUUUCUCCGCCACACGAAUCACCCAAAGAAGUUUCUACCUUCCCGAAGUCAACCGCAUCUAAUCAGACACGCCGCCCUCUCCCUGCCAGACGCAUUGUACCAUUAAUCGGAAUGUCUCCAGAAGAACAAAAUAGACAUCCCGGUCGACCUAUUGGACCAGCUUUCUCUACUCCUUAUUCAGAACGUAUGCGAGCCGCUCGUUCAAACCACAACUCUACUCAAGCCUCACCUGCGGAAGUUCGAAGCCAGGAUCUUGAUUCUCUUAAGCGAUAUCUCUUCACUGGUCAAGCUUCUCCCGAUGGUCCUCGCUCGCCUCCAGGAUAUCCGACGCCCGACCAGCACUUUUUCCAAGACCACCGAAAGCCUCAUACGCGAGCACCACGUGCUGAUAUCCGUCCCCAUCCAUCCGAUCGCUUACCUCGUGGUAUGUUUCCAGCAUCUAUUCUAACUGCGAAUGCGCAAAACAAUCAAUCGUCGAGCCCAUCUGCUGGUGCCAGAACUGAUCGGAUUGCCACAAUGGAAGACGACCUCAAACGAAUUCUCAAACUUGACUCCCCUAGUCCGUCUCUUACUCUAUCCUAAUUACCUUGACUUCCUUUGUAGCACAUUGGACGAAGGAUUUGGCACGGUGUAAAAGGCGUUCACAAGUGGAUACAACGUUCCUCAUCGAUAUGGAUUUGGCCAUAAUCAUUCAUAACUUGAUCAUACCCUGUCUCAUUUUCCCUAUAUCUUUCGGGUUCCGCAAUCCAUCGAGAUGAAUCAUUCUUUU